UCUGAAAGCAGUUUUUAAUCUAGGAAAGCACCAGAACCACGGCGAAAUCUGUGGUAUCUCGAAAAAGCAGUGAUCAAAUGAAGCUUCGGACAUCAUCGAUGACUGACUUCUGAUAAAGUGAUACACGCAUCAGCACACUUCUUUGAAGUUAGCUGUUUAGCGAUUUCAACACAUGCCUCGGUGCUCCGGUAUCAAACGGAGUCUGGCUUUUCCCAAUGAGAGACAAUACAGGACCAGGCCUACCCAUGGGAUUGGCAAAUAUAAGCACCUGUUAACCAAAGAAGCGCCAAAGAAAGAGAGACAGCAGAUGAAGGAGAUUAAAACGGCAACAGAUGCAGAGUAUGGGACUCUGAACGUGAAAGUGUCUGGCUAUGCAUUGCCCACUAAGAGCACAGAAGUCAUGGUCAUGCCGGAGCAAGGGACCAAGAUGUAUGUAGACGCCAUCCUCAAGACCCAUGAGCGAAUUGUUCAGCUCAGCCAACUAAACGCCACAUUAUGCCCCAUCUUUAUGGAGGUUAUGUUGAAGAAUCAGCCAGAGGGGGUUCAACUCUCUGUAAAGCCACACACAGAGGCAGAUUACCAAGCCCGUUUCAAGGCACGUCCAGAGCUAGAGGGACUGAUGGCACAGAUUACCUAGUGAGAGCAGACUGUUCACCCCACCCUUUUACCUCAACUGUCAUCAUACUUUUUCUGACAUCUACUGUUUCAUCUUUUUUUCC